ACUUAUAGAAAGAGAAUAACUGAGCAGCCAAACAUUAAAGUUGUUCAAUUGCAAGAGCUAAUUAGGACAAAGUUUAAUCUUCAUGUUGGUAAGACCACGAUUAGAAGAGCAAGAAAAAAGAAAUGAAAGAAAUCAUGGGAGAUCACAUUCAGGAGUUUGGAAAAAUCCUUGACUACAGGGAUGAAUUGUUAAGGACUAAUCCUGGUUCCACUUGUGUAGUUAAAGUUGUUGAACCAAAUGCUGAUAGUAGGCCUGUUUUUCAAAGCUUUUAUAUCUGUUUUGAUGCUUUGAAGAAAGCAUUUCAGCACUGUAGAAAAUGUAUUGGUUUAGAUGGUUGUUUUCUGAAAGGGGUUUGUAGAGGACAGUUGUUGGUAGCUGUGUGUAAAGAUGGUAAUAACCAAAUGUUGCCUCUGGCAUGGGCUGUGGUGGAGUAUGAAAACAAGAGCACUUGGACUUGGUUUAUCAGAAUUUUGAAGGAAGAUUUGGCACUUGGAGAUGGGACACAUUUAACAUUGAUAACAGAUAUGCAGAAGGGACUAUUUGUUGCUAUUCAAGAUCUUUUACCUGUUGUUGAACACAGAAAGUGUGCUAGGCACAUCUUAGCUAACUUUAGCAAAGACUGGAGAGGGCUACAAAGAAGACAGCAGUUUUGGAGAAUUGCCAAAAGCACCUUUGAGUCUCAACUAAGGAGAAAUAUUGAGCAGAUGAAGUUGCUUGGUCCAACGAAAAUGAUGGACAAACUGAUGUAUUACAACAUAAAUUAUUGGUGUAAGGUCUACUUCAACACUAAUGUAAAAGUAGAUUCUGUAGAUAACAAUAUGGCUGAGUGUUUUAAUGCUUGGAUCAUGGCUGCCAGAACAGUGGCUCAAGAACAGUGGCUCAAAGCAGAGCACCAUUGUAAUGGAUUCUUUUCUUAUUGUCAAUAUGAUGAAUCACAAAACCACAGUAACACAUACUGGAAGGACAUUGUAGAGGAAACUGCUAACAUUAUUAACACUGCUGACUUCACAUCUUCACACUGUUAUAGAGAAGCAAAUAAGGUGGCAGAUUAUCCUGCUAAACUGGCUACUAAAUUGGAUCAGCCUUCUCUAUAUCACAGGCUUGAACAUUUACCAAGCGGUGCUAAAUGUCCUUACGUUUUGGAUAGAAUGCGACUGCCAAGUAUAAGAAUUAGAUAUGACAAGGCCAAUUUUUUUUUGUUAGUUAAGUAUGUUGCUUGUUAG